UCACGUGAUCAGCGCAGGUCUGGAUAAAGCGCUGCUCAGGACUACACGGUCUAUUCGGAUUCAUCUAAGGGCGCUGUGAAAUAUUAUUCCUGGAGACAAUUUAAGACAGAAUUAAAAAAAGAUCACACCGAGGAAUAACAUCUAUCGUCAACAGAGAGAAGCUUCCCUGUCGAAUUAGACCCUUUAAUCGACAGCACCUUUGAAUCGUGUUGAUAUCCUUUCGUGUGGGAAUGGGAAAAGAUGGAGGAUAAAGGGCCUCGUGUAGCCGACUACUUUGUGGUUGCUGGCCUCACAGACUCGCCCAAGCCUUUGGAGGAAGAGCUUCACUUCGACGAUGCUGGUCCCAAGUCCGUGAAAUCCAAUGCCCCCAUCACUGAUGUAGCUGUGGUGAUCAGCUCCCUUGGUGAGGAGGUACCUCCCGGUUAUACCUGUGUGGAAAGCACUCCCUCAGGCCUUUCUGCAGAGCUCAAUGGAGCCAGCCUCAGGGGCCCGCAAAUCUUCUUGUGCUUCAAGCGAGGCAGAGAUAAGCCUCCUCUGACAGAUCUUGGGAUUCUAUAUGAGUGGAAAGAGAAGCUGAAAUCUGGAUGUCACAUCGUCCAGACCACGCCCUCAGGUCGCCCUGCCAACAUCAGCGGCUCGUCAUCCCAACGCAUCUACAUCACGUACCGCCGUGCUCCCAAGAGCCAGCCCCAUACUUCACUAGCUGUUACUGAUGUCUGCAUCAUCAUCCCAGGCAAGGGGGAGACUCCCCCCCACACCUUCUGCAAGGUGGACAAGAACCUCAACAGCAGCAUGUGGGGAUCCUCUGUUUACCUUUGUUAUAAGAAGUCUCUGGCUAAAGCAAACACAAUCUCAUACAAAGCAGGUCUGCUGUGUAGGUACCCUGAAGAAGACUAUGAGUCUUUCCCGCUGCCAGAGUCAGUACCUAUGUUCUGCCUGCCCAUGGGGGCUACGAUCGAGUGCUGGCCAGCACACACCAAACAUUCUCUGCCUGUGUUUUCCACAUUUGUACUGACAGGGGCCUCUGCAGAAAAGGUGUAUGGAGCAGCCAUCCAGUUCUAUGAGCCUUACUCAGAGGAGAACCUGUCUGAGCGUCAGCGCUCACAGCUCGGCCUGCCAAGUUCCAAUCUGGGUUCUGAUGGGACCAGAAGUGUUUACAACAACAAGAGCAUCUGUCUUCUCUCCCACUGGCCCUUCUUUCAGUCCUUCAGGAGCUUUCUCACAUUUCUCUACCGUUACUCCAUCUCUGGACCACAUGCCCUGCCUAUUGAAAAGCACAUCUCUCACUUCAUGCAAACGGUGCCAUUCCCCUCCAUUCAGAGACCCCGCAUCCUGGUGCAGUUGUCUCCACAUGAUAGCCUGAUACUGAGCCAACCUGUCUCCUCCCCACUGCCUCUAAGCGGUGGAAGCCUGUCUACAUUACUAUUGAAUUUAGGCCCAAAGAAUGCAGCCACUUUGCUGGUGCUGGCUGUCACAGAGCACAAGAUCCUGGUUCACUCGCUGCGUCCAGCUGUACUCACUAGUGUUACGGAGGCCCUUGUGUCUAUGAUCUUCCCUUUCCACUGGCCAUGUCCCUACAUCCCUCUGUGCCCGCUGGCGCUGGCUGAUGUGCUCAGUGCACCGUGUCCUUUUAUCGUGGGUGUUGACUCCAGAUACUUUGACCUCUACGUGCCCCCAGCUGACAUUAGCUGUGUGGAUCUGGACACCAACACCAUCUCCCAAAAAGACGACAAGAAGGCUUUAACAUGGAAAAUCUUGCCCAGGAGAGCCUGCAAACAUCUUCUGAACGCCCUGAAUAAGAUUCACCAGCAGCUGACCGAAGGUGGUCAGCUUAACCGUGAAGACCUGCAGAUGGAGCACACAGUGACUGACAGCGAGCUGAACGGUGGGAAGAGCCUCCACACUCUGGAGCUGGAGAUCCAGGAAGCCUUCCUGCGCUUCAUGGCCGCCAUCCUACGAGGCUACCGCUCCUACCUGCUGCCCAUCACACAGGCCCCCUCUGAGAAGACUACCGAUGCCAGCUCCCUCUUUGACAGUCAAGGCUUCCUAAAGAGCCGCGACCGUUCUAAUCAGAGGUUUUACUCCCUCAUGACCAAAACUCAGAUGUUCAGCCGGUUCAUCGAGGAGUGCUCCUUUGUCAGUGAUAAAGACGCCAGCCUGGCUUUCUUCGACGAGUGUGUUGAUAAGGUGGACAGUGAACGCCCAGAGGAAACCCGACUGAUCGAACUGGAUGAGUCACAUCGCAGUGAGCACACAGUCUAUGUCAACCCUCCAGAGCUGCCUCCACUUCCUGAGGGAGAGGAGCAUCCUCUGUGCUAUAGCUACUCUGGGUUCCCCGUGCUGAAAGUUGAGCUUCUGGAGCCACUUGAGGGACCAAAUCCUUCAUCGGGAGGCAUGGCCUCACGCCACAGUAGCCCAGCCAGCCCCACGGCCAUCUUUAGACGCUCUAAACAGGAGAUCAAGUCAGCUCAAAGGAUGGCCAAAACCCAUUCAUCUAUGCCUCAGAUGUGGUCCAAGUGUCUGCUGCGCCACUGCUAUGGCCUUUGGUUCAUCUGCCUCCCAGGGUUCGUUGGGAGCAGCCACUCUAAGGUGCGAGCUCUGCGCACAGCAUACGACGUGCUGAGGAAGAUGCAGGACAAGAAGUUACAGGCUCCAGAUGAGGUGUGCUACCGUGUGUUGUUGCAGCUGUGUGGACAGUACAGCCAGCCAGUCCUGGCAGUCAGGGUGUUGUUUGAGAUGAAGAAAGCUGGAGUUCAGCCCAAUGCCAUCACAUAUGGGUACUACAACAAGGCGGUGUUAGAGAGCACCUGGCCCUCCACCACCAGAGGAGGCUACUUUUUGUGGGGGAAGCUGAGGAAUGUGGUGUUAGGUGUGCUUCAGUUCAAGCAAGCAGGAAGGAAACUGACUCCACUCAGAGAUCCUCAGCUGUCAGACGGGAGUGAUCUUGACACAGUCAGUCAUGGUAGCUUGGACAGCACCAAUGACUCUGCGGAGCGCACCUCCAUCGACACUGACUUCACUAAAAUGGACUCCAGUGAUGAUGGAUUCAGCACAGGUGGACAGUCAGACCAAGGCUAUGACUCACUGUCAAAAGAGGAGGAGAGGAUGUGUGGCAGAGAGAGUGACAACACACCGCCGGUGGAGGACAAAGGGCCAAGACAGUCGACACCUGAGAUUGAGGUUCCAAUCAGCAGCAUCUCCACAUCAAUCAGAAGCUACAAAUCAACAGAUGGCAAUGCAGGCAGCGACAGCAGGUCGGUUUCCAGCCCCCCGAGUGAUGCGAUUCUGUGUGAAGUUCUGCCAAAGUCAGAGAGGCCAAAGUCUCUGGAUUUGUCAGGUGGAGCUGGAAGUCUGAGGCUCACCGUCCCUCAACUUGCUGCAACAAAGCAGCCUCACCUGCACGGAGUGGAAGAAGAGGAGACAGAGACAGAGAAACAGAAAUGUAAGGAGGAGGGCAGCUGUGAGUUAGAGAGUCAGACUGUGCCCAGAGAGAGGAGUGUCAGCUGCAGUGCUGGGACUGUGAGGAGGACAGGUAUAGAGAGAGGGUUUGAUCCCCUGUCGCUGAUGGCAACCGGUGCAGUUCAGCAGUGUGAUCAGGAGAACAGUGGCACACCCACGGCCCGCCGGGACCUCGCUGAGGAGAUCGAGACGUACAUGAACAAUGGCAAUAGCCCCCUGAGCAGCCGCGCACCCAGCAUGGACCUGCAGAACCCCUCAAGCCCUUCGUUACGCUCCUCCUCGUCUCCUCACGCCUCCCCGCGACCUCCCCCCCUGCUGCGAUCCAACACACUCCUUCCUCUGCCUGUCAAACCCAAGGAGAGGCUGAGGCCAUCACCGUCUCUCCCUCUUGGUGUCUCUGCCAGAGACAGAGAAAGGCCUUCCUCCUUGGUGUCACCCUCGUCACCUACUCCCUCUAACUCAUCGUUCUCCAUGGACUCUCUGUUCACUCCGACUCUGGACAUCUUCAAGAGCAGCGUCAUCUCAGCUGGGAAGGGUGUAGCUGAGAAAGCCAGCCGCUUCUACUCUCGUUUGUCCUCUCAGACUUCAUUAACACAGGAUAUAAACUGUGACCGGAUCAGUGUGUCUUCACUGACCUCUGGAGAGGCAGACUGCUCCUCCCUGCUGGAUAAUGACUCCUGUCUGGACCCAGAUGGCUUUACAUCCCCUCAGCACAGCAGCGUGUCCCGGCUCAGGAGGAGCCCUGUUGUUGGUCACGCCAACCUGGGCAGCCCCAGCACCCCCAACAGAGUGUUCAGACACAACUCCUUCUCUGGUGGUUUGGCACUCCCAUCAAAAACUCCUCACACUCCUGAUUCCUCCCCUGACACCAAACGCUUUCAACCAACUCCUAAUUACACCAUAGAGGUGCAGAUGUCCAGCUGCUCCCUCUGUAAGACGUGUGACUGCCUGGUGUAUGACGAGGAGGUCAUGGCCGGCUGGACAGCCAACGACUCUAACCUAAACAGCACAUGUCCAUUCUGCGGUACAGCCUUCUUGCCUUUCCUCAAUGUGGAGAUCAAAGACCUGAGACCACAGAGGAGGUCUUCUGAGGAAACUAAUCCUGUUACAGAGGAGGUCACGUCAGCGGAACUCAAUCCAGAGGCCAAAAUGUCUACUGCGGCGGACUGCACAGCUGAAUCAUCGUCGGCCCGCCUGCAGGAGCAGCAGAGCAGUGGGAGUGCUGGGCAGAGAGAUCAAGCAUCAGCCUCAGCCCCAGUCUCAGUGCCAGCUCCAGUGACGGUGCCCUACAUAAGCCCACUGGUGCUGUGGAAGGAGCUGGAGAGCCUCCUCGUUAAUGAGGGUGAUCAGGCCAUCUCCUCCCCAAGCAUUGUGGACCAACACCCAAUCGUCUUCUGGAACCUGUUGUGGUACUUCAGGAGGCUGGAAAUGCCGAGUAACCUUCCGGCUCUUAUCCUGGCCUCUCAUCACUGCAGCAAUGGAGACCAGACUCCUCAGAGCGUCACCUCCGAGGACAGUAAGCAUGUGCUUGUGAGGAUUAUGUGGGACAACUUGAAGCUGCACCAAGACAAAGUCCAACCCUGCUAUGUCUUGUGGAACACACACUGUGCUAACUCACUGGUACGCUCGGGGCUCUGUGAAGAAGGGCAGCUUUUCACUGUGGAGCUGCUGCAGAGUUUUGUGAGGAGCAUUAAGAAGAGUGAUGUUUAUCAACCCAUGAGCCAAAUCAUCCAGCUGCUGGGGCCAGAGCUGGGUUUUAAAAGACAGAGGAGUCUGUAUCGGGAUCUAUUGUUCCUUGCUCUGGUGGCUUUGGGAAAACACAACAUUAAUAUCAAUGCUUUCGAUCGGGAGUACAAGCUCGCAUACGAUCGCCUCACCCCCAACCUGGUGAAACUGACACACAACUGUGAUCGACCCCCUGGAGCAGGGGUCAUGGAGUGCAGGAGAACUUUUAGAGAGCCCAGUCUAUGAACUACUUCUUCUUUUUCAUCCCACCUUGAUAUUCUGUCAGCCACAGACACUGCUGCUGUUUUCUUUGGACUCUGACUCCUCACACUCAGGACCAGCUCACCUGACCAGAGCACACAGCUAUGAAGCACAAUGGGAAAAUGACACUUCAUGUAAAGUUACUGCCAUGAGUUUCUUGUAUACUGUUAGAGAUGAGAGGCGUGAAGUGAUAGGCCUUGCAUUUGUACAUAUGAUAAUAUUCACUGUAUUUUCAGUAUAAUUAUAGUAUAUUGUUUGUACAGUUAUUAUACAGUCUAUUUUAUGACUUUGUUUCUGUCGAAGCUGUGAGUCAAGUAUGUACAAUAAGUGUGUGACACAUGUUGAAAUUCCUAAGUGGUCCUGGUGACCUUAUUAAGACUGUUGUUGAGCGUGUGUGUGUGUGUGUGUGUGUGUGUGUGUGUGUGUGUGUGUGUGUGUGUGUGUGUGUGUGUGUGUGUGUGUGUGUGUGUAAGACAAGUACUAGCUUUUAGAGCCUCAUGUUUUUACAAAGCACUUUGGCAGGAUGAGUUCCUGCCAUUCACCCUCAUUGACAUAAUGCUGUAGCCUAGCAGGCUAUACUUAAGUGACUUUUUAUUUGACAGCUGCAGGACUAACUGUCCUGUCUAAUAUUUCCAUUACAUGCAGUGAAGGAAAGCAAGGACAUUCCUCCUCAUCUGAACCCUAUGCACCUGGCUGCAUAAUUCAGAUAUGCUGGAAUACACUAAACUGGAUCAAAAAAAUUGUAAACAUAACAUUUUUUUUCCAAAUUAACAUGAGUACUCAAUUAAUCUAAUUUGCACAAAUUUACAUUUACCUUUUUUUGUAUGAAAUUACCUAAAGAACUCAAAGGGAAUACUACUCUUGUGAUAUAUAUUUCCAUUAUUUUAACAAUGCCUGUUUUUUUAAAUGUAGGAGUGAAUUACAUAUGUGUUAUAUGGGACCACUAAGGAUGGAUUUCCUUAAGAACAGUACAAUCAAAUUAAUGAUAGAUCAAUAAACACAAAACAAAAAAUAACUUUUUGUUAGAUUAACACAUUUUAAAUACAGAAAUGAAUUUAUUGACACAGUUAUGGAGAUUAAUAAUGUACAGGGUAUUUGACUCUACUGUUUUUGUAUAAUUCCUUUAAUCUCACUUUAUUGUGUAGAUGUCGGCUUUAGACAUUUGGACAACAGUGAACUGUUAAAUGUGACACAGAGCAGAAAAAGAACAAGUUUGAAAUGGGACUGCACUGAAUUAAAAUCACUGUCAAAGGUGUUAAGUUAGUAAAACGGCUCCAACCUGCCCUAAUUCAAAACCACUUCCAAAAACUGAUCGUGAUGGUUCACUUUGUUAAGAUUGUCUUUCACUAUUAACUGACAGAAAGCUGCCUCAUGUGAUGAAGCUCCACAGAUUAUUUCUGGAGUUCCUCAGUGACUCGUGUUGAUAGGAAGCUGGGGGGAAAAAACAAGGCUGGACUAAACUCCAGACUCACAGCAUGUACAUCUGCAUUUUAUUCACCUUGUGGAUUGUUUUUUAAAAAAAGCACUGAUGACCAAAACAUCACUUGAUGUCUACCUGUUAUUUACUCAAUGUGUCAACUCUAACAAUGUUUAUGAUGUGUUAUUUAUCAUUUGUAACACAGAAACUUAUUUGUAUGAUUUUUAUAUAUAAAAAAAUAAUUCCUGA